AUGUCGCUUUUGAUGUCCAUAGUGUUUGCAGUACUUGUGUUUGAAAUGACACUUCUUGCAAUAAUGCUUCUUCCACUUCCUCAGGGUAUGCAACGAUCGCUUGUUACCACUAUCGAUUCCCUUUUACGAAAUUCACAAAUCAGGGUGGGCUUAAGUUUUAUCGCCCUAAUCGUAUCAUUGAUGUUCUUUGAUGCUGUGAAGACUUCUUUCCCACAUAAGGAUAGCUCAUUUGCUGCCUUUAGCGCCCAAAAUUAUCCAGUUACAAAGACCAUUGGCCAGUCAAUAUGGGAUGUCAGAUCGAAAAAGUUUUACGCUCACAGAAAUAUGUACAUUACAGGUGCAGUUCUUUAUUUAAUGGUUGCCAUCUAUUUCAAUGAUCUUCUUUUAUCAUCCAUCGUGAGAAACAAAGAGAAACUCAUCAAAGCAACAGAUCCAAAGGCAAAGCAAACUGAGAAAACCAGCUCAAUUGAGUAUGAGAAACUUCAGCAUGAACUUAAGCUCAAGGAAGAUGAUGUUGCAACAUUCAAGAGACAAUUAAAUGGCAUGCAUGCUGAAUACCAGAAGAAAGCGGAUGAUAGUACAAAGGUGGCCGAAAAAACCGAGAAAACUACAGAUGAGAACAAGAAGCAGAAAUAA